CUGACCAUGGUUGGUUGCUACGCGUCUGAGGUUAUGUCGGAUAGGUCGGUGUUUCAUAAUUGAUUGGCAUUUUUUGCAGUUCGCCGCUGAGGAUGCUUUUACACAAAUUAAUACCGUGCAAAUGAAAAAGUUUUUGCUUGUUGUACUCAGCCUCAAUCGACCUGUUUACAAGCGCCGGUAUGGCGACCGCUCCUCCUGUUCUCGAGAGCGAAACUCACGCGGAGCUGCAUCUCGUAUAACGGCAACCCUGUCAGUGUGAUAGCAACCUCUAGAGGAGCCACUUCAAGCGCCUCUACCGAUAACAGCAGCGGCACGAACCCUUCACACUGACAGCAAGAUGAAAGGAAGGAACACCAGGAAAACGCAGGUGGACUCGGCCAGGAGUUGGGCCGUAGCUGCAGCAUGCUGCUGGAUCAACAUCUUCACCUUUGCCUUGGUACGGUCGGCGGCUGUAAUCUAUGUGCUCGUUCUUCAAGCUUACGACGUGAACAGGGAACAGGCGGCCUGGCCUGUCAGCUUAUCGGGCAUCUGUUAUUGUUUGAUGGGGCCCGUAGCUGGGGUUCUGGCAAGGUACAUCGACAUCUGGAAGCUGUCCCUGGUGGGAUGCAUUCUGGGUUCUCUGGCUGUCGUCGUUUGCUUCUUUGCCAAGGGCCUCAUCUUCUUGGCCGUCUUCUUGGGAAUUGUGCACGGUACCAGCAUCGGCCUUCUGGCACUCUGCAGCGUAGUCAUCAACCAGUACUUCAACCGCUACCGCGCAACAGCAUCUGGAAUCAGCAACGCAGGCUUCACCGUCGGUGGCCUGAUCUUCCCUCCCUUAAUUCAAGCCCUGUUCGACAAGUACGGGAUACGCGGAACCUUCUUAUUGGUUGGAGCUCUCAUGCUAAACUCAACAGCGGCGGCACUGUUACAGCGUUACCCUCCAGACCAGGGAUCGACAAGACCUACUGGUCAUCAACAAGCUUCUGAUCAUCAUAUGAAGCGGCUACUUGUGGUGUGUGCCAAAUCGGAUGACAAUGAAUUGAAUGGUGGAACGGAAGCGGUUGUUAACAACAACAGAAAUGGUUGCCCAGGAGUGCAGUUAGUGGAAGAUAUCGGAUAUGACCGUGGUGUCACUUGUGGUGCUUCGGGACGGGACAUCUUCCAUGGCUCUGUGUUGUGUCCCGGACCGGACGUGCUACAGGACGUUAAGAAGCAUGACGACAGGGCUCUCCCAGAGCAAGACGUGCUAUGUGACACCGCUGCAUGCAGAGACAUCAGGAAGGACAACUGCGUUGACACCAUAAGGACAGACCUUAACACAGCAAGUGAGGACAAACCGGAUACCUCUGCAGUAGAUACCAACUCCAAUGAAAACGCAGGGAUCGUAGCAGAAAACAAACCUAACAUUGACCAGGAAGACGCGCCAUUCCUAGACCAGCCAUCCGCCACGUCGCCUUCCCUCUUGAAACGUGCGUACGAAGACCCAUGUACGAAGACGAAACCGGAAAACUUCUUGUCGUUUCUCUUGGUCCCGAAGUUCUAUCUCAUCACUCUUUCAUUCGCCCAAAUUCUGAGCACAAUGACAACGUACAUGACAGUGAUCGUCGACUUCGCAACCGAUCGCAACGUUGACCGCUGGAAUGCCGUCUUUCUGAUCUCGGCCUACACCAUUGCAGACUUGGUAGCACGGUUAGGAUCCGGUUGGAUAACGGACAGGGGACUCCUGUCGAGGAGCACCAUGAUGGGUUCUCAUCUUUUUAUAUGGGGUGUCACACUGUAUUUGACGCCAGCGUGCAACGAGUACUACUAUCAGCUGACGUCAUCCGUGGUGUGCGGAUGGUGCAACGGUUGUACACUGAUAUUAAUCGCAGUCCUGUUCAUGGAACUAGUGGGCAUUGAGAAACUCGGAGUGUGCUUCGGGGUUGCGACCUUCUUAACGGGGCUAUUGGGACUUGCAAGACCUGCUAUCAUAGGUUAUUUCCGCGACUCUAGAGGCGACUACGAAGGACUCUUCAACUUACUUGGUGGACUCGCCGUGUCCGUGGCAUUUGUCUGGCUGUGCCUUUCCGUGAAACACAGAUGCGAGGCGAGAUUGCGUAAACUCAAAAGUGGCGUCACCGACGGCAUUGUCACACUAAGUGACAAACCAUCUAAGAUGACAAACCCGUGAUUCAAAGAUAUAUUGUGCCAAUCGUGCCCUCCUGCGUAUUCUUCUUAGGUGAAUUGAGCAGCGACGUCAGCACAGUGAAGAUAUGAAGACUACAUAAACUUUUGCUCUAAAAAAUAGUUUUAUGCAUGCUGUAUCGCCCAGCGCGCAAAUGCCGAAGUGUGCGCGUCUGCAGAAGUCGUCUUUUCGAUCUCGUGGAUGCAAGGGUUUCUUGCAUGAUGAAACAUAGGUCUUCUCCAAAUUAACGGUGCGUAGUUUGAUGUGACCUAUCAUCAGAGGUAUUUUCCAUGAAGAUGUUCAUAAACAAGAGUGAGCGGUGCCUGGUCUGCCACAUCUACGUGAACUGCCCCAAGGUAAUAUCGUAAACUGCAGAGGCUGAGUGGGGGAAAAGGAACAGGGUCCUUUGAGACAAAGGUGCGACCUCAGAAGGACGGAUAUAUAUGACAUGUCCGCAAAGCCACGGUGCUAAUACAACAGCAUGUUGUUUGCCAGGCAAGGGAGCGCUUAGUACUUGCUCAAACACCACAGCAGCGAGACUACAUGUGGCGACAGCAAAAUUGCUUGUUGUGCUUGUGUGUGGCUGACUUCUUCCUGUGCUCAACAUUGUUGAUGUCGUCAACGCACCCAACUUUUAGGUAUGUCUCAUGCGCCAAUAGACCUCCAGCAUCUAUGCCUCGACGUUACCCAGAAUGCCAUUUCAUCGUAUAAGCUGGUGCGGUCCACGGAGCAAGACAGGGCGUAGAAGCUGGAAGCUUCGCGUGCAUAACUUCAGCGUGAUCGUACGAACGCGCAUCCGCAGGGAAACCAUCUCGGUUGAUCCUGAGGUUGCUUUACGUCUUCCACUAGUGUCGUGGCCUUUUAUUGGGCUUCGAAUCAACCUUACGACUUAAUAUAUACGCUGAAAAUAGUUUUGCCUUAGGGUGGCCGUUCAACUGUUAUACGGGCGUUUCCCUGGAACUUUUUAUUUUCUAACAGUGAGAUGAAAUAAACAUAUAGCG